CGGAAUGUCAGCCCAUUGUGAAUGAAGGGAAAUUUUUCGAACAUCAGAAAACGGUAAAAUAAGAACGAAGGUGAAUUCUACAUUCGGUAACACUGCCCUGUACAUUGAAAACGAAGACGGCCACAUUGCCUGCAAAAAAUUAGCUGUUUCGUAAUCGGAGCGCGUUCAACUAAUUUACUUUCUUUACGGGCAUAUACAAAAAAAUCUAUUAAAAAUGUUCAACUCUGUACGCUCGGCCCUUAAUAGGUCGGACAAGAAAGUUAUAUCACUACUUGCCCAAUCUCAACGUGAGUAUGCCAAGGCUGCCGCUAAGGCUGCUGGUGUUGCAAAUGGCAAAAUUGUGGCCGUUAUUGGUGCUGUCGUCGAUGUCCAGUUCGAGGAUGAAUUACCCCCAAUUUUGAACGCCUUGGAAGUCGACCAACGCUCACCUCGUUUGGUGUUGGAAGUCGCCCAGCAUUUGGGAGAAAACACCGUACGUACCAUUGCUAUGGACGGUACUGAGGGUUUGGUUCGUGGCCACAAAGUCUUGGACACUGGCUUCCCAAUCCGUAUUCCCGUUGGUGCCGAAACUUUGGGCCGUAUCAUGAACGUCAUUGGUGAACCCAUCGAUGAACGUGGUCCCAUUGGCACCGACAAGAGAGCCCCCAUUCACGCUGAAGCCCCCGAAUUCGUGGACAUGAGCGUCGAACAAGAAAUCUUGGUUACCGGCAUUAAGGUCGUAGAUUUGCUUGCUCCCUACGCCAAGGGAGGUAAGAUCGGUCUCUUCGGUGGUGCUGGUGUCGGCAAAACCGUAUUGAUUAUGGAACUUAUCAACAACGUCGCUAAGGCUCAUGGUGGUUACUCCGUAUUCGCUGGUGUCGGUGAACGUACCCGUGAAGGUAACGAUUUGUACAAUGAAAUGAUUGAGUCCGGUGUCAUUUCCCUCAAGGACAAGAGCUCCAAGGUAGCCCUUGUUUACGGUCAAAUGAACGAACCCCCAGGCGCCCGUGCUCGUGUCGCUUUGACUGGUUUGACCGUUGCUGAAUACUUCCGUGAUCAAGAAGGUCAAGAUGUAUUGCUUUUCAUUGACAACAUUUUCCGUUUCACUCAGGCCGGUUCUGAAGUAUCUGCCUUGUUGGGUCGUAUCCCCUCCGCUGUAGGUUACCAACCCACUUUGGCCACUGACAUGGGUUCUAUGCAGGAACGUAUUACCACCACCAAGAAGGGCUCCAUCACCUCUGUCCAGGCUAUUUAUGUACCUGCUGACGAUUUGACAGAUCCUGCCCCAGCCACAACAUUCGCUCAUUUGGACGCUACCACUGUAUUGUCCCGUGCCAUCGCUGAAUUGGGUAUCUACCCCGCUGUCGAUCCCCUCGAUUCCACCUCUCGUAUCAUGGACCCCAACAUCAUCGGUCAAGAGCAUUACAACAUUGCCCGUGGUGUCCAAAAGAUCUUGCAAGAUUACAAGUCCCUCCAGGAUAUCAUUGCUAUCUUGGGUAUGGAUGAAUUGUCUGAAGAAGAUAAAUUGACCGUCGCUCGUGCCCGUAAGAUCCAACGUUUCUUGUCCCAACCUUUCCAAGUCGCUGAGGUCUUCACUGGUCAUGCCGGCAAAUUGGUACCUCUCGAAGAAACCAUCAAGGGCUUCACCAAGAUCUUGGGUGGUGAUUACGAUCAUCUUCCAGAAGUCGCUUUCUACAUGGUUGGCCCCAUCGAAGAAGUCGUCGAAAAGGCCGAACGUCUCGCUAAGGAAGCUGCCUAAACACCAGACGUUGCAUCCACAAUAACAUCCCCUAUAUAAAACUAUAAGAACAAUCGACAUCUAUUUAAAAAUUCUAUUAUAAGAAUGUGUUUUUUCCAAAAAACUAAUAACUACCAUAAUGCACGCACUCACAUUAUGUGAAAGUCGCGUCAUUUAAUUAUUUGUAUUUGUAAAUGUUCGUUUCAAACGAGAUUUCAUAAGUGAAAAAAGUUAUAUAAAAUAAAAAUAUUCAAACUGAAAGUGAAUAAAAAUAAAGAAAAAAAUCCUUAAAAAAAAGUUACAUAAA